AUGGCAAACCCCCCUCCCCCCCAAACCCCGGGGCCAGGAUCAGGUCUAGUGCUCCCCAUCCUGGCGCUCGCUCCUUCUCGGAUUGGGAACCUCGACCUCACCCCCCCACAGAUCCCUGAUCGGGGCCCUACCCCUGCCCCCUCAAUCCCGUUGGUACCGCCCAUUUCCGACCUGCCGCCCCCUGCCCCCCAUUUCUUCCUGGUGCCCCUCACUCCCGACCCGCAACCCCCUGCAUGCCUCCGUCCUGGCUGGGCCAGGGGCGUGUGCAGGGAUCCGAGGGGUCCAACCCACCCCCCGCCCCCGCAGGAGGAGGAGAACCAGUGCCUGGCGGAGACCGUGCGGGAGCUGCAGGCCGAGGCGCGCAGGCAGCGGGCGGCCGUGCGGUGCGAGCUAGAGACGGGGCGGUGGCUGCGGGCGCAGCGGGCAGAGCUGGAGCGAUACCUGCGGGAAACGGAGACCGAGCAGUUGGGGCGGGGCGGCUGCAUCGCCCAGAGGCGGUGUCACCUGGAGGAGCUGAGCGGGGCCGUGCGGGAUCUGUCCCUGCGGACCCAGACCCUGCGCGUCAGCAGCCGGUCCUUGGCCCCACGCGUGGCUGAGGCGCAGCAGGAGGCGGAGUUGAGAUGCUGCUGCACCCGGACUCGGGGCGGCGCCCGCCCAGGUCUGUGUCCCACCCCUGCUAUGCUGCCCCUCCUGUUCAUGGCCUUGUCCCUGACCCCUGCUGCGGGGGGGGGCAUCUCCUGUUAUGAUGACAAUGGGCAGCCUGUGGAUUGGUUCGUGGCCUACAAGCUGCCGCACCAUUCCCCAGGCCAGGGGCUGCGUUACCACUACCUGGAUGCCCGCAGGGGGGACUGGGUGUCUGGCCGUGCCCUCAUCAACAGCUCCCAGGGCGCUCUGGGCACCACCCUGCGCCAGCUAUACCAGGCUGCAACCACUGGUGACGCCAUGGCCUACGUGCUGUACAACGACCAGCCCCCCCGGGCCAACACCAGCAUUAGCACCCGCUUUGCUGCCUCCCACGGCCACACCAAGGGCGUGGUGCUGCUGGAUGGGACACAGGGUCUGUGGCUGGUGCACAGUGCCCCGCACUUCCCACCGCCCACGGCCACCACCUUCGCCUGGCCCCCAACUGCCUCUCGCUUUGGCCAGACCUUCCUGUGUAUCACCUUCCCCUACGCCAGCUUCCAGGACAUUGGGCAGCAGUUGCUUGUGAACCAGCCCCUGGUGUAUGACUCCAGCGUGGGCGGUGCCUUUGCCCAGGACCUGCCCGAUCUGGCACUAGCAGCCUCCAUGAAGCCAGUGAAGGCGCCGCCCUGGAACCGCAGCGUCACCCUCCCCUCCCUGGGGGGGGCACCCUUCCUCAGCCUGGCCAAACACCGCCGCUUCCAUGAUGACCUGUACUCCGGCUGGCUGGCUGCGGCCCUGGGCGACACACUGCUGGUGGAGUCGUGGCGGGAUGGGCCGGGGGACCUGCCCUCCAACUGCUCAGGGCCGGGGCCACAGGUGCUGAACGUGGCACACGUGGCCUUCCCGGACAUGCCAGCCUUUGCGACCACGCAGGAUCACUCCAAGUGGGCGGUUGCCGACACCGCCGCCUGGGCCUGUGUGGCUGACACCAACCGCAAUCGGGGUGAGGAGCAGCGUGGCGGUGGCGCUGUCUGCCUACCCCACCGCCCCCUCUGGAAGGCCUUCCGUGGCCUGGUGCAGGACUACGACCCCUGCCCCUAGCCUGGUAUUGGGGUGGGGGGCUGGAUGCUGGGAUUCUCCAGGCUGGGGGUGGUGGGGGGAGCCAGGACAUGUGGGUUCUGUCCUGUGCGGGAAGCCAGCAAUUAGAGCAGGAAGGGGAGCUGGGAUGACUGGGUUCUCCCUGGGUGGGGGUAAGGGGUGGAGUCAUGAGGGCUGGACUCUCAGCCGUGCGGGGGGGGGGGGCAGGAAGCCAGGACCCCUAGGAGGGGGUGAGUCAGGAACCAGGACACCUGCGUUCUCUCCCACGCUGCGGACUGGGGCAAUAGUGGUUGGAGCAGGGCGGGGGUCAGGAUGCCUGGGUCCUCUACCUGCCCGGGGAGAGGAGUGCAAGUGGGGGUGGGAAGAACUAGGACACCUAGGUUCUCUUCCCGUGGGCAGGGGCCACUAGACACUCCUCAUGUCUCCCUGGGGCUUUGUAAGUGGCCAGAGGGUCAUGGAAUUGGGGGGGAGGGGGGCAGACGCCUGUGUCCCUAAAGCUGCCAAUAAAUGGUCCCAUUGCCAAGUG